AUGGCUGAAGGAUCUAAGAGGAAUCUUGCCCCUGAAGAUAGUAUGACUCCAUCACCCACUGUUGAACCAUGGGAAAGGAUUAUGGAAGCUAUUCAAAUGCAAGCAACGGCUACCCAUAAUCUGGGCAGCCACAAUCCCUCAGAGGCCAAAGCUUGGCUGGAUGAGAUUAAGAAGGCAUUUGAAGUAGUGCCUCGUACUGACGAACAAAAAGUGGCAUUUUUUGCCCAUCUACUAAAGGGUGGGGCAGAGUAUUGGUGGAGAAGUGCAAAGACUUAUCUUCAGACUCAAGGAACCCAUAUGAAUUGGGAACAAUUUGAGGUGGCCUUUUUAGACAAGUAUUAUCCAAAAAGUGCCAGGAGACAAAAAGAGUUGGAGUUUGUGCACAUGCAACAAGGAGACAUGUCUAUUGCAGAGUAUGUUGCUAAGUUUGAAGAAUUGGUCAGGUUUUCUCCACAUGCCCAAUAUGCACCCACAGAAGAAUGGAAGAUAAACCAGUUUGAAUGGGGAUUGAGGCCUGAAAUCAGAGGGAACAUAGGCCAUAUGGAACUUACUAACUAUUCUACUCUUGUACACAAGAGCUACAUUGUUGAAGACAAUUUAAAGAAAGUACAAGAGGAGAGACAAGUUAAGUGGCAACAAAAGAAAGAGUCUGAAAAAUUUGGCCAACAAUUGAAGGUAAAGACUCCCCAAGGGAUAGGAAAACAAGUACAAACCUCCAGUUCCCCAAGAACAAAGAAGUUUCUUAAGUGUGGCAGAGAUCAUGGGGGAGAGUGCUUGGUUGGAAAGCAAGUCUGCUACUACUGCAAACAGCCUGGUCAUAUGGCUCCUUUUUGUCCAAUACGCCAAAAACAAGCAGAGUCCAACCCAAACAAGUGUAACACUGGAAGGGUCUUUGCUAUCAGUGCAAAGAAAGGUAUGAAUCAUAAUCUAAUAACCGACAUUGGAUUCAUAAAUGAAAUUCCUUUAAUUGUCAUGUUUGACACUGGUGCAUCCCAUUCUUUCAUCUCUUCUGAUUUUGUUUUGCAACAUAAUCUCCCUGUACUUGAAAUGCCUUUUCCUUUAGUUGUAAGCACUGCAUCUAAGAAUUCAAUAGAGACCUCCGUAGUAUGUCACCAGUGUCCAAUCACCCUGUAUGAUAGAUUUUUUCUAAUAAACCUAGUCUGUUUUCCCCUUAAGGGCUUGGACAUCAUAUUAGGAAUGGAUUGGAUGUCUGACCAUUUAGUAACUUUGAUUUGCCAUGGUAGGAAAGUCAUAAUUCCUCCAGGAAUUCCCCAACCAGAGGAAACCAAAUACCGCUCAUUGACCAACAAUUCUCUACUCUUCCAAUGUCUGACCAAUGGGUUUCAAGGCGUACUAUUAUUACUAUCUUCCAACUCAGGGUCUGAAAUGGACUUGUCCAAUAUUCCUGUAGUCAGUGAGUUUGAGGAUGUCUUUCCAGAGGAUGUGACAUCAUUGCCUCCUAAAAGAGAAAUAGAGUUCUCCAUAGAUUUGGUCCCUGGAACAGGACUAAUCUCCAUUGCCCCUUACAGGAUAUCCCCAUUAGAAUUGAGUGAGUUGAAAAACCAAUUAGAGGACCUGAUAACCAAGCAAUUUAUCAGACCAAGUGUGUCUCCUUGGGGAGCCCCUGUGCUCUUGGUAAAGAAGAAGGAUGGUAGUAUGAGAUUAUGCAUAGAUUAUAGAAAAUUGAAUAAAGUGACCAUCAAGAAUAAGUACCAUCUGCCCAGAAUUGAUGACCUUUUAGAUCAAUUAGGAGGAGCUACUGUGUUUUCCAAAAUUGACUUGAGAUCAGGGUACCACCAAAUCAGAAUAAAAUCAGAGGAUGUACCAAAAACUGCCUUUAGAACUAGGUGUGGACACUAUGAAUUUUUUGUUAUGCCUUUUGGUGUAACCAAUGCCCCGGCUGUGUUUAUGGAUUACAUGAAUAGAAUUUUUAAGCCAUAG